AAAGGCUCACCCAGGGGGAGGACCCCCAUCCCUGCCCUCAUGGCUUCCCCUUCCAGGUCCAGAGUGGGUGUGCCUGCCCCCGCCAGCCAGGCCCCUCCCCGCCUCACCCCACACCCAGCCAGCCUGUUAUAAAUAGGAGGCUGCCUGGCCAGUGUCGGGCCACAUCCCACUUUGCCUUGUUACCCACUACAGCGUCGUCAUCAGGCCACCCACCACGGGAGAAUGGAGGCACCUGCGCAGGAAGGCUCCAGCUUCAAGCCCCCUCCCCAGGUGCCUCAGGAGGGGGCCGGAGCUCAGGAGGCCAUACCCUGGGUGCAAGAAGGCCUAGUGAUUCAGAUCAAGAUGCGGACAAUGUGGAAAGUCCACCGGAAGCCCGUGCGGUGACUCAGCACAUGUUCAGGGCUCACAGGCCUGGCCUAAUCAGGGUCCCAUGUCCCUGUGUGCUGGAGGAACCGGGGGUCUGGGGGCCCUGGUCUGUGGCUCUACUUCUCUGGGGCCCUCAGGUCCCCACCACCGGCUGGCCCACUGACCCCUGCCUGCUCUUCCUGAAGCCCAAGGUCCACAAACAGGGCUUCGCUGGGGACACGACUUGGUAGAUGACGCCUCACCGUGGGCCCACGGCACUGAGCGACACUCAGGCCUGACCCUUGGCCCAGACGUGGCCGAGCAGCCUGCUUCUGUCCGUCCCAAUCAAAUGUGGCCGUACUGGCCACUGAGGGUUGGCAGAGGCCGUUGGGGCCCAGAGUUUGGUCUUCCCAGGGCCCCAGACUUUCCACAUUGGCUCUGGGCCGAGGACACAACCCAGACAAGCAGGCCACCUGGCCCGCCCCUCCCCCAGAGGCCCCUGCCCCACUUAGGGGACAGUAGCAGAGACCCACCCGGCCUCAAGCCAGCCUGCAAACAGUUUCAGGCAGGGCUUAGACACCACACCCUCCGCUGUCCCCAUCCCCACCGGCCAGACCCAGCUCUGGCUGCGAUGAGGCAUGCCUGAGGAGGCCGCCUGGUGCCCGGCCGGGGGUUGGGGGGGGGGGGGGGGCGGGGAUGGCUGCAGGACUGGUCCCGAGCCUCUGAUAGGGCCCCUUUCAAGCAUCAGCAGGCUGGGCCGUGCCAUAGGCGGCCGAGGGCCACAACUGUCCCUAGAGUUCCCAGGGACAGAGAAUGGAAGUCCUCCCAGCCUGGGGUGAGGAGGCCUGAGUGGGAGUCAGGCCAGGCGCCAGGCAGGGGCCACACCAAAGCUUGCUUCUUGGGCGCAGGCAGGAGCUAUGGCCCAGGCACCCGGUGGCUCCCCAAAGUCCCAUGAGGCCCAGCCGCCACCGCCACCUCGGCCCGAGGACGAGGAGGGGCGAGGGGAGAGGCUCGUGGAGCUGCAUGCCUCCUUCCGGGAGCUGUUCACCUUCUUCUGCACCAACGCCACCAUCCACGGCGCCAUCCGCCUCGUCUGCUCCAGCCACAACCGCCUCAAGACGGCAUCCUGGGGGCUGCUGUUCCUGGGUGCCCUGGGUGCUCUGUACUGGCAGUUUGGGCUCCUCUUUGAGCAGUACUGGAGCUACCCGGUCAUCGUGACAGUGUCCGUGCGCUCGGAGCGAAAGCUCUUCCCGUCGGUCACUCUGUGUGACAUGAACCCACACAGGCCGAGCUCAGUCGGCCAACAUCUGCGGGCCCUCGAUCGGUUCGCCCGGGAGAACAUCCGCUCUCUCUACAACUUCAACUUCAGCGAGGACGGGGAUGUCCCCUUUGCCGACGACCAGGGCCCGCAGCCUGCCUUCUACCUGGACCGCAGCGUCCGUCUGCAGAGGCUGAGCCACCCGGGCGGCCAGAGCAGAGUGGGUUUCAGACUGUGUAACAGCACAGGCGGAGACUGCUUCUACCGGGCCUUCUCGUCAGGUGUGACGGCCGCCCGAGAAUGGUACCGCUUCCACUACGUGAGCAUCUUGGCCCUGCUGCCCGCUGCCCACGAGGACAGCCACCAGAGCCACGGUGGCCACUUUGUCUUCUCUUGCCAAUUCGACGGCCGGGACUGCCAGGCCCGAGAUGGCGCAGGUCAGAGUCCCUCAGGCCACAGGCAGUGGGGUCAUGGGUCAGAGGAGGGUGCUGGUCUGAGUGUGGCUCCCGGCUCCAGGCACUUCCAGACGUUCCACCACCCCACCUAUGGCAGCUGCUAUACCUUCAAUGGUGUCUGGGCUGCGCAGCGCCCGGGCAUCACCCAUGGAAUCAGCCUGGUCCUCAGGACUGAGCAGCAGGACCACCUCCCGCUGCUGUCCACGGAGGCUGGCAUCAAAGUCAUGAUUCACGAACGUGACCACACACCUUUCCUGGAGCACCAGGGUUUCAGCAUCCGGCCAGGGACCGAGACCACCAUCGGCAUCCGAGAGGACGAGGUGCGCCGGCUGGGGAGCCCCUAUAGUCACUGCACCGACGGUGGGGAGGGUGUGGGUGGGCAGCUGCUCUACAACGCCUCCUAUACCCUGCAGGCCUGCCUGGUAUCCUGUUUCCAGCAGCUCAUGGUGGAGACCUGCUCCUGCGGCUACUACUUCUACCCUCUGCCGGCAGGGGCCCAGUACUGCAGCUACUCCCGGCACCCAGCCUGGGGCCACUGCUUCUACCGCCUCUACAGGGACCUGGGGACACACCGACUUCCUUGUGCCUCCCGCUGCCCCAGGUCCUGCAGGGAGUCUUCCUACAAGCUCUCUGCCGGGACCUCGAGGUGGCCUUCCUCCAAGUCAGCUCACCCCGAGGGCUGGGAGGAGCAGUGGCCACAACGGGGCUUCUGUGUGCAGGACUGGAUCCUGGCUGUGCUGGGCAAGCCAGGCCGCAGGAGCUCAAGCCGGAGCAAGAGCCCAAGCCCAAGCCUCAGGAGCAACAUGGCCAAGGUGAACAUCUUCUACCAGGAGCUCAACUACCGAACGGUGGAGGAGACACCCGUUUACUCGGUGCCCGAGCUGCUCUCCGCCAUGGGCAGCCUCUGGAGCCUGUGGUUCGGCUCAUCUGUCCUCUCUGUCCUGGAGCUGUUGGAGCUGCUGCUCGAUGCCGUAGCCCUCACACUGCUACUGGGCUGCCGCCGGCUCCGCAGAACUCAGGGGUCCCGGACAGGGGCAGCCACAGUGGCGUCCCACGCCAGGCCGGAGGCCAGCCAGUUGCCCACCGACUGCAGGAACGACGUUAAUCAUCUGGGGGGCCCUGCUGGCCUCUUCUCCCAUGCCGCUUCUGGGAGCUGUGGCAGGAAUCUUUGCUGAAGAGUUAGGCCAAGUGAGAGCCCCAGCCUCCUGACACCUGAACCAGCCUGAGCUUGUUCUGACCCUGAGGAAUAUGGGAGCGGUGGGCUCUCCUGGCUGCCCAGAGUGAACCAGACCAGCCCCACAGAGCCACCACCGGGCAGCCAAGCCAAGCCCAGGGCCCAGGAAGCAGCAGCACGGAGCCCGCAGGCAGGCAGGCAGGCAGGCACCAGGGUGCCCAGCCCAUUGGGCCCUCUCAUCAGCCCAGUGGUGGCCCAGGGGUGGCCUCGCUCAAGGAGGCCCGGGGCAGGGGGGAGGGGAGUGUCCCCACCACUCUGGAUUCCUGCGUCUAGUCUGUACGUA